AUGGUUAAUCAUCUCGUCGAAACCUGGCUAUCAACUGAUUUCUACAGAAGCACGAAGAAUGAGGCGGCCAACUUUAGCGACGAGGAAGUGAAAACUCAUCUCGAACCAAAGAACCGCUUGGAGUUCGGCACUGCUGGCCUCCGUGGUAUAAUGGGUGCUGGGUAUGAUCGGAUGAACUGCCUUACGGUGCUUCAAGCCUCUCAAGGUCUGUGUGUCUACCUUGAGGAUGCGUAUGGUAAAGAAGCUAUGGCUGAACGCGGGGUUGUUCUUGGCUUCGAUGGUCGGCAUAACUCCCGUCGCUUCGCACAUGUUGCAGCUGCAGUGUUCCUGUCGAAGGGUACGAAGGUGUAUCUUAUCGACAAGAGCCCUAGCGUAACCCCUUUGAAUGCAUAUUUGGUGAAGCACUUACACGCCUUAUGUGGUGCUCAAAUGACGGCCUCGCACAACCCGAAGCAAUACAAUGGCUACAAGGUUUAUGGGGUUAAUGGAGCUCAGAUAGUUCCUCCGGUCGAUUCGGAAGUGGAAAGCAGAAUUCAAAGCAAUAUGAAGCCAUGGCAGAGAGCUCUGGAUCUGCUUGAUCCGGAGUGUCACUUGAAGAAUAUGUCCAUGACUAUCGAUCCUUAUGCGGAGGCUGUUUAUGCUUAUACUGACCAGAUCUGGAAGGAAUUGUGCAGGUACCCCGAUUUGAACACCCAGUGCGAGCUUCAUUUCGUGUACACUCCUAUGCAUGGUGUAGGUCUUCCUCAAGCAAUCGGGUUACUGAAGAAAUUCGGUUUCCCAGAAAAGUGUUUCUCAGUCGUCUCUGCACAAGCCCACCCAGAUCCAGAAUUCCCGACAGUAGCCUACCCUAACCCUGAGGAGAAGGGAGCCCUGGACAUGGCGAUGUCCCAAGCGCAGUUGGAGCGCGCAGACUAUGUGCUUGCUAACGACCCUGAUGCUGAUCGGUUCACAAGUUGCGAGAAGCAGGAGGAUGGUUCGUGGCACCGUUUUGGUGGUGACGAACUCGGCAUUCUUUUCGCUGAUUGGCAAAUUCGUAUGGCAAAGCGCCGUGGUGUCGAUACGAAGAAUUGUCUAGUGGUGAACUCGACGGUAUCUUCUAAAAUGCUAAAGGCUCUUGCGGAUAGUUAUGGCGCUCACUUCGUCGACACUCUUACUGGUUUCAAGUGGUUGGCAAACUUAGCGAUGGAGAUGACUGACGAGGAUCCGGAGUUGGUCUACUGCAACGCCUAUGAAGAAUCUCUUGGAAGCGGUUUGACCAUGACAGUCCCAGACAAGGAUGGUAUCAGUGCUUGCAGUGUGUGGUGUGAGAUGGCUAACUAUUACCGCCGUGACGAAGGUAUCACUCUGUACAAGAGGUUGGAGCAAAUACGUGAUAAAGUUGGGUACUUUGCCCAACACAAUAGUUUCUACGUAUACAAUGAUCCCGAGGUGCUGGUUCGUAUGUUUGACGAAUACCGAAAUAACGGUGAGUAUAAGAGACAACUCGGAUCUUGGAAAGUGGUUGAUGUCCGUGACGUUACUCGCGGUUAUGAUUCGAGAACGGAGGAUAAAAAGUCCACUCUGCCGGUCACGCCUGAUGAGCAGAUGUUGACUCUCUACUUCGAUAACAGUGGUGUUGCGACUAUUCGGGCUUCUGGUACAGAGCCCAAGGUGAAAUACUACUGUGAGAUCAGUGACAGAACUAGUAUGAAAGAAGCUCAGAAGAAGCUUGAUGAUUUAGUCAAAACGAUUGUUGACUUUUUUCUCCAGCCGGAGAAAUAUGGCUUGACAAGUCGAUGAAGCUCUUUACAAAAUAUCAU